UUUACCCCCAGUACGACCCGAUCAUCAACGGGCUGCAGCACAACGGGGUGCAGCACAACUACGCGCUCGGGGACUUCGUGGUGGCCAACUGCUCGUCGGACAUGUCCAGUCCGCCGGCCCGGCUCUACUGGUUCAUCAACGACCGCAACGUGCCGUCCGAGUACCUGCAGCCCCAGCACGAGACGACGGUCGAGAACGAUGGGUUUCUGCUGCGCUCGCGGACCCUCGAGAUACGGUUCUACAUCGACGAGAAGCGGCUCGGGCGGCUCAAGGGCAAGCUGGUGCUCAAGUGUCUGGCCCGGAUCGACGCGAUACCGCAGGCGACCCGCGAGUCGUCGCAGAUCAUCUACAUCCCAACCACGGACGAGCUGCGCAACCAGAAGCUCAUCAACUGGCGCGGCUCCGGCG